UUUCCCUCUGAAACUGACGCAUACACACACACACACACACACCAAACACAAGCACCACUGUGGCAGACUGACAGAGGACGGAGGGACGAAGCAAAGGGGAAACUGUUAGACAACAACAACAAAGCAAGAACAUAAAAGAAAGUCCAAAGAAAGAAGCUGAGAAACUAAAAGGAAGAGAAGAAGAGCAGGAACGAGAAGAGAGAAAGAGGUGCUGUGUUAACGUGAAACCACAAUACACAUCUUCCACAUCCAGCCAAAAGCAGAGUGCUUCAGGUAUUUUUUGUCAGUAAAGGAAGUCAGCACUUACCUCAGUAUCAGGAAGCAUUUUCCAUUUAAUUUUGUUGAUUAGCUGGAUUUUUAGGAAGUGAGCCAGUGUCCCUGUCUGUCAAGAAGUCAGUAAACCUUAUUAAACUUAGGUACAAUCCCACAAAAAAACCCCAUCAACAGUCAAACGAUGGCCCCCAAAAAGAAGGCCCCGCGUCAGAAGAAGCCUGCCGAGGAACCCAUCUCUAAGGUCGCGAUGGAGACCGCCCCGGUGCCGCUGAAGGUGGAGAGCCGUGGGGACGGUGUGGUGGUGGUGGAGACUGGGGUGAAGAAGAUUGAGCAGAUGGCUGCGUUGGACAUCGCUCAGCUAAAUAGCCUCAACCUGCCGCUGCCCCCGCCAAUCAUCAAGCCUGGAGAGAGAGGCCUCGGCCUGGGCAGUGAGCUGACACGACCCCUGCAUGGAAACGCCCUGCUGGAGGAGCUCAGCAAGAUGCGGCAGGAGAAGUUCCUGACUGACUUGGAGUUGGCCUGUAAGACAAAGGCCUUUGAUGUCCACAAGCUGGUCAUCUCCUCAGUCAGUCAGUACUUCAGAGAGAUUCUGGCCAAAGACCCCAGCAUGAAGCGCCUGGAGCUGCCCUCCCUCUCACCUCUAGGCCUGGCCAACGUUAUCACCUUCGCCUACCUGGGUCGUGUCCACAUGUCCCUGUACACCAUCGGUUGCACCGUCUCCGCCGCCGCCACCCUGCAGAUCCCUCAACUCCUCAAGAUGUGCAUGGACUUCCUGCUUGCCGAGCUGAACGUGCAGACCUGUGUCUACAUCUGGAACAUUGCUGCCGCGUACGGCCUGCUGCCUGUGUGUGACGCCGCUCGUCGCUUCGUCCUGGAGAACUUUGUGCAGUUCGCCGACACGCCGCUGUUCAAUCAGCUGACCCUGGAGCAGAUCUCUGCCUUCCUGCAGGACGACUCCCUGCUGUUGCAGUCAGAGGUCACGGCCUUCCAGCUGGCCAUGAAGUGGCUCGACUUCGACGCCUCUCGUCAGGCUCACGCCGCAGAGCUCCUGUCUCAUAUCCGCUUUGAGACGAUCCCGGCCAGCGAGCUGGUGAGUCAGAUCCAGCCGGUGCCCCGCAUGAUGAUGGACCCUCAAUGCCACCGCCUGCUGGUGGACGCCAUGAACUACCACCUGCUGCCCUACCAGCAGAACACCCUGCAGUCAAGACGCACACAGGUCCGUGCCAGUCAGCAGACUCUCCUCACCGUCGGCGGUCGACCAUCACUCACAGAGAGAGCUCUCAGCCGCGAGGUGCUGUGGAGGGACCCUCGUGAAGGAGGAGCCUCCUGGCGUCACCUCACCCAGCUGCCGGCGAAGAGCUUCAACCAGUGUGUGGCUGUGAUGGAUGGCUUCCUGUACGUGGCCGGAGGAGAGGACCAGAACGACGCCCGCAACCAGGCCAAACACGCCGUUAGCACCCUCAGCAGAUAUGACCCUCGCUUCAACACCUGGCUCCACUUGGCCAGCAUGCGUCAGCGCCGCACCCACUUCUCUCUGGCAGCCAGCGGCGGCCGCCUGUUCGCCAUCGGAGGCCGUAACGUGGAAGGUCUCCUGGCCACCACUGAGAGCUACCUUCCCUCCUCCAACACCUGGCACAUGCGCGCACCCAUGGAGGUGCCUCGCUGCUGUCACUCCAGCGCCACCCUGCCCUCCGGAGACAUCCUGGUGACCGGCGGGUACAUCAACUGCGCCUACUCUCGCUCUGUGGCGUGCUACAAAGUGGAGACUGACACCUGGACCGAGAAGGCCUCCAUGGAGACGCCCCGCGGAUGGCACUGCUCUGCCACCCUUGGUGGGAAGGUGUAUGUGGUGGGAGGAAGCCAGCUGGGGCCCGCCGGCGAGCGGGUGGAUGUGAUCUCUGUGGAGGUCUUCUCCCCAGAGAGUGGCAUGUGGAGCCGGGCCGCCCCUCUCCUCCUCGGCGUGAGCACCGCCGGUCUGUCCCCACUGGCUGACAAGCUGUACCUGCUGGGAGGCUGGAACGAGGCGGAGAAGCGCUACAAGGCGGCCGUCCAGAAGUACGACCCGGCCAUGGACAGCUGGUCCUUGGCGGAGGAUCUGCCCGAGCCAACAGUGGGAGUGUCCUGCUGCACCCUGACCCUGCCACCCCGCCACACACCACGCCGACAGCAGCACCGCAACACCCCGGCCCACGAAGAGCAGCAGCAGAAGAACCGGAGCAGGGAGAGCAGCAUGGCUCCUUCACAAACCAUCACAGCGUAGGAAGGGAGGAAGGGAGAGACUAGAAGAGAGGAGGGAGGGUUUAACCUCUGGAUCAUGUCUGCUAUUUUUUCUGUUUAUAUCUGUGAAAAAAAAAAACCCACUUAAAAGUAAAACAGAAAAAGAUAUUUGGAAAAAACAUCUAAAAGUAUUGAUAACAACAAUGACGGAGGAUUGAACUGGACAAAAUUUGCCUGUUUUCCAUAGAUUUGCACAAUUGGGAUGUUUCCGGAAGUGAUUUUGUGGUGUUCAAAGAACAUUUUCGCUCGACAUCUGUCCUGUAUUAUGUCUAAAGCAGCAAAAUUAAAAUUAGAUGCUGAUUUAAGAGACAGGCAGUGGCACAACUUACAUGUCGUGCAAGAAAUAAGAGGAUCUUACAUGGUCUGAAGUGGUCCAGGAGGUUUUACAUUGAUGGAAACUUUGGAGAGAAAAGGUGGAUGAGAGAUUAAUUGUAGUCGAGCAGGUGGAGGCAGAGAGGUGAUGGAUGGAGGAUGAAGAAUGGAAAGAUGGGAACAGUGGCUUGUCUGUGUUUGAGCGUGUUUGGGUUGAACAAAACGUCACUGUGAAUCCACUGGCAGUUAAUACACAAAGAUGUAUCUAGGUGUGUGAUGUGAAAAUAAGUGUGAAUGUGUGUGUGUGACAGCGACGAGUGAAUGAUGUGUGUGUGUGUGGUCGCUACAGGAAAUGAGCCAAUUCUGACAAAAAAACAGUAAUAAUGAAGAUUUCUCAUUAGCAAACUUUGAAUAUUUCUCAGGAUAGAAGCAGUAGUGUAGCUGAAUUGUGACAAAAAUAUUUAAAAAAAUAUAGAUGAGAUACUAAAUAUUUUAUAAGUGCAAUGCAGUGAAGGGACUAAGAUGUAAACACAAGAGGAAGGCAGUGUGAACUCAACACCACAGGUGAGAUUUAAAUGGAAAUAAACUGGAAAACAUUAAAGUCUCCACAAAUUAAAGUUUCCCAAGAAACCAAGAUUACAGAAAAUGCUUAUAAAAUUAUAUAAAAUCUUUUCAUAAAAAUCUGAAAAAUUAUUUAUACAAAUGCAACAAAUAAAGAAAAAGACAUUUUAAACAUGUGAUAAAAUUUUAAAUCUCACCUGUAUUUUGAAACAUUUGCCUCCUCUUAUAUUAUUUUUAGCAUAAUUUUUACUGAAACUUAAGACAAACUACCAACUGAAGAACCAGUGAGACUCCAGCGGGCGGAGCUAAGCUGUUAGCUUAGCUCCAAGAGUUAAUGAUGAAUAUAGUUUUUAUUAUGAGAUACAAUGAGGCUAAUCUGGCUCACUUUAUCGGCUGAAUCCCUCUGAAUUUGUCUCCUUCUCGGCACCAGAUGAACUCUGUACUGGUGGUUUCACUGAAUAAAGCCAAUGUGAUCAAAA